ACUUUUAUAAAUCAACAAACAAAUUUUCGUUUCAAUAAGACCAUUUUUCAUAAAACCUUUAACAGGAACAGUUAGGAAAAAGCGUACAAGUGUAAUUUGAGACCAAUUUUUUGAUAAAUUUUUCGUGCAAACGUAAAGAUUAUUUUUCGCGAAAAUUUCGUCGAAAAUCUAUACCUUACGCUACCGCUGCAAUGAUGUACCUUUCUUGGCGACGCGUAUAUUUGACUGCCAAAGGCAGUUCUUCCCUCUUCAGUCGGCGCGGUCUUCACAUCGAGCGAGGAACUUUAAAAAAGUAACCCACUGCCUGUUUGACAUGGAUGGCACCAUUAUCGACUCGGAGUCACAGUAUGCUGUGAUGCUGAAGGAGAUCUGUGCUAGACAUGGCAAGAAGUAUACGCCGGAUCUGGAAGCCAAAUACAUGGGAGGCACGGACCAAGAGAUAUGCACGGGCCUGGUGAAGGACCUGCACAUGAACUGCUCGGCAGACCAACUGGAGUCCGAGCUACGGGAGCUAUGUAGGAUCAAGCUGCCUCUCGCGCCACUGUCGAAAGGAGCUGAACGCCUGCUGAAACAUCUCCGUGAUAAUGGCAUUUCAUUCGCCUUAGCUACGAACUCUACGCGGAAAGCUGUGCGGCUCCAUGUCGCAGCGAAACCGAAACUGUUCGCUAUGUUUCAUCAUAUGGUUUGUGCUGGCGAUCCUGAGGUAGACCGAGGGAAACCACACCCUGACAUCUACCUGAUGGCUGCAGCCAAGUUUCCUGACAAACCAAAGCCAGUGAAGUGCCUCGUAUUCGAAGAUUCAGUGGUCGGCUUGGAGGCAGGACUAGCAGCCGGCAUGCAGGUUGUAAUGACACCACCUAAGCAUAUACCGCCGCAGCAGUACCGCAAAGCUACUCUAGUCUUAAAAUCACUUCAGGACUUCAGACCAGAAUACUUUGGGCUCCCUCCAUUUCAGGACGAUAUCAAGAGAAGACCAACGCUCAUAUAAGAACAUAUAAGAGUUGGAUAUGGAUUUACGUAACUUUUGGAGACCGGUAGACAUUUUGCGCAAGUGGAAAAACGUGUUGCGCAAACUUCUAGAGUUUUAAAGAACAUUUCUCGAAGCUGAUUUGCUGAAAAACAAUUUUGCGCAAGUACUAUAUUUUGAAGGCGUUUUUGACGCUUGCCAAGAUGCUAUAUUUUACAGCAUUUCAUCAAAAAUCUUUAAAAUUAUAAUCCUUUGCGCAAAGUUCAAAAAUGAUUAAAAUUACAAGUGUUGCCUUAAUAAGUAAAUAAUAAAAAUCUGUUGGCUUUGCGCUACAGGGUUGCCAUUUGAAACUAUGUUGGUGUUGCCACGUUUUUGGUAUAAUGAAAUUCUCUACUUAGCUUUAAGUAGACCGCGCACGCUUUACGUUUUGCUAAAAUAUUUACCAAUCAAAAUUGUAUUGAUCGGUUUUCAAGUUAUGCUUAAUACAUUUUAUUAUUUCACUGUAGCGGACUCGUUGUUCAAAUGAAAUUUUCAAGUAGCUUUUUAAAUAUACAACGGUGAAUUUUAUAAUAAUUUUAUUAUCAAGUUUGAACCAAAUAAACUUGCUUUCAAACA